CGCGCCGCUGCCCCUUUAAGAAGCCCAGGUAGGCAGGCCCGGCUGCGGGAGCCGCUCCUAUGGCAACCCGCGAGCUGCGGCGGCUUCAUGAAUAUUCCGGGGCGCGGGAGCCAAGCUCUGCCGGAGGGCGCUCCGGGGGAGGCGGCCGUUGAUGUAAGCCCGGCGGGCCGCUGGGCUCCUCUCGGCUGCGGCGGGAGCCCUGGGACGGGCCAGCCGCGCUCGGACAGAGGAAGCGAGGCGAGCUCGCGAGUGGCUGGUCACAAAGCCGGGGCGGCGGGACAGACGGACAGCUUGCCUGCCCGCGGGACGCACGCCCGGGAGGCGCGCGGGCCGUGCGCUCUGCGCUUCGGAGCGGUUCUCCGAGCGCCGGGGCCGCAGCGCCGCUUCUACCCGCGCCCAUUGUUCCCCGCGGGGGCGGGGCGCCUGGAGCCGGGCUGCGCGCCGCGCCCCUGAACGCGGGAGGGAGGGAGGGAGCGCGGGGUCCCCGCGCCCAGCCCGGCCGGGGAGGAGGCGCAGCGCGGCGAGCCCGGGGACCCGGAGCCGGACUGGGAGCCUCCCCGCCGCACACAGCCUGCCCGAGCAUGGGCGCCUGAGGCGGCCCGGCGCCGGCGGCGAAGGACGCGUCCCCGCUAGCAGACUGACCGGCGGGCGGACCUGGAGCCGGUCCUCGGCGCCUCACCCGCGCCCCUGCCCCUGGCCCGGCCCCUGCCCGUGGCGCCAUGGACAAGCUGCCGCCGUCCAUGCGCAAGCGGCUCUACAGCCUUCCGCAGCAGGUGGGGGCCAAGGCGUGGAUCAUGGACGAGGAAGAGGAUGCCGAGGAGGAGGGGGCUGGGGGCCGCCAGGACCCCAGCCGCAGGAGCAUCCGGCUGCGGCCGCUGCCCUCGCCCUCGCCCUCGGCGGCCGCGGGCGGCACGGAGCCCCGGGGCGCGGCCCUCGGGGCGGCGGACGGCGAGGGGCCGGCCCGCGGUGCGGGCAAGUCCAGCACGAACGGCGACUGCAGGCGCUUCCGCGGGAGCCUGGCCUCGCUGGGCAGCCGGGGCGGCGGCGGCGGCGGAGCGGGGGGCGGCAGCAGUCACGGGCACCUGCAUGACUCCGCGGAGGAGCGGCGGCUCAUCGCCGAGGGCGACGCGUCCCCCGGCGAGGACAGGACGCCCCCGGGCCUGGCGGCCGAGCCCGAGCGCCCCGGCGCCUCGGCGCAGCCCUCAGCCUCUCCGCCGCCACCCCAGCAGCCGCCGGCGCCGGCCUCUACCUCCUGCGAGCAACCCUCAGUGGACACCGCUAUCAAAGUGGAGGGAGGCGCGGCCGCCGGGGACCAGAUUCUCCCCGAGGCGGAGGUGCGCCUGGGCCAGUCUGGCUUCAUGCAGCGCCAGUUCGGGGCCAUGCUCCAGCCCGGGGUCAACAAAUUCUCACUGAGGAUGUUCGGCAGCCAGAAAGCCGUGGAGCGCGAGCAGGAGAGGGUUAAGUCGGCCGGCUUUUGGAUUAUCCACCCCUACAGCGACUUCAGAUUUUACUGGGAUUUGACCAUGCUGCUGCUGAUGGUGGGAAACCUGAUCAUCAUUCCCGUGGGCAUCACCUUCUUCAAGGAUGAGAACACCACACCCUGGAUCGUCUUCAAUGUGGUGUCAGAUACAUUCUUCCUCAUCGACUUGGUCCUCAACUUCCGCACAGGAAUUGUGGUGGAGGACAACACAGAGAUCAUCCUGGACCCGCAGCGGAUUAAGAUGAAGUACCUCAAAAGCUGGUUCGUGGUGGAUUUCAUCUCCUCCAUCCCCGUGGACUACAUCUUCCUCAUUGUGGAGACACGCAUUGACUCAGAGGUCUACAAGACUGCCCGGGCCCUGCGCAUCGUCCGCUUCACCAAGAUCCUCAGCCUUCUGCGCCUGUUGCGUCUCUCUCGUCUCAUUCGAUAUAUUCAUCAGUGGGAAGAGAUCUUCCACAUGACCUACGACCUGGCCAGCGCCGUGGUGCGCAUAGUGAAUCUCAUCGGCAUGAUGCUCCUGCUCUGCCACUGGGACGGCUGCCUGCAGUUCUUGGUGCCUAUGCUGCAGGACUUCCCCGAUGACUGCUGGGUGUCCAUCAACAACAUGGUGAACAACUCCUGGGGAAAGCAGUACUCCUACGCCCUCUUCAAGGCCAUGAGCCACAUGCUGUGCAUCGGGUAUGGACGGCAGGCACCCGUGGGGAUGUCGGACGUCUGGCUCACCAUGCUCAGCAUGAUCGUGGGCGCCACCUGUUACGCCAUGUUCAUUGGCCAUGCCACCGCCCUCAUCCAGUCCCUGGACUCCUCCCGGCGCCAGUACCAGGAAAAGUACAAGCAGGUGGAGCAGUACAUGUCCUUCCAUAAGCUUCCGCCCGACACCCGGCAGCGCAUCCACGACUACUACGAGCACCGCUACCAGGGCAAGAUGUUUGACGAGGAGAGCAUCCUGGGCGAGCUGAGUGAGCCGCUGCGGGAGGAGAUCAUUAACUUUAACUGCCGGAAGCUGGUGGCCUCCAUGCCACUGUUUGCCAACGCGGACCCCAACUUUGUGACAUCCAUGCUGACCAAGCUGCGCUUUGAGGUCUUCCAGCCAGGGGACUACAUCAUCCGCGAAGGCACCAUCGGCAAGAAGAUGUACUUCAUUCAGCACGGCGUGGUCAGUGUGCUCACCAAAGGCAACAAGGAGACCAAACUGGCAGAUGGCUCUUAUUUCGGAGAGAUCUGCCUGCUGACGCGGGGUCGGCGCACAGCCAGCGUGAGAGCCGACACCUACUGCCGCCUCUACUCGCUGAGCGUGGACAACUUCAACGAGGUGCUGGAGGAGUACCCCAUGAUGCGGCGGGCCUUCGAGACUGUGGCGCUGGACCGCCUGGACCGCAUUGGCAAGAAGAACUCCAUCCUCCUCCACAAAGUCCAGCAUGACCUCAACUCAGGCGUCUUCAACUACCAGGAAAAUGAGAUCAUCCAGCAGAUUGUGCAGCAUGACCGCGAGAUGGCCCACUGUGCACACCGUGUCCAGGCUGCCGCCUCUGCCACCCCGACCCCCACACCCGUCAUCUGGACCCCGCUGAUCCAGGCACCACUGCAGGCUGCCGCUGCCACUACCUCCGUGGCCAUAGCCCUCACCCACCACCCACGCCUGCCCGCCGCCAUCUUCCGCCCUCCCCCAGGCCCCGGGCUGGGCAGCUUCGGGGCCGGGCAGACACCAAGGCACCUGAAGCGGCUGCAGUCCCUUAUCCCUUCUGCCCUGGGCUCCGCCUCACCUGCCAGCAGCCCGUCCCAGGUGGACACACCAUCUUCCUCCUCCUUCCACAUCCAACAGCUGGCUGGAUUCUCUGCACCCGCCGGACUGAGCCCUCUCCUGCCCUCCUCCAGCUCUUCCCCACCCCCUGGGGUCUGUGGCCCCUCCCCAGCUCCCACACCAUCUGCUGCAGCUGCCACCACCACUGCCGGGUUUGGCCACUUCCACAAGGCGCUGGGUGGCUCCCUGUCCUCGUCCGACUCUCCCCUGCUCACCCCACUGCAGCCUGGCGCCCGCUCCCCACAAGCUAACCAGCCGCCACCCCCUCUGCCGGGGGCCAGGGGAGGCCUGGGACUCCUGGAGCACUUCCUGCCGCCCCCACCCUCAUCCAGGUCCCCGUCAUCCAGCCCAGGGCAGCUGGGCCAGCCUCCGGGGGAGUUGUCCCCAGGUCUGGCCGCUGGCCCACCAAGUACGCCAGAGACACCCCCACGACAGCCUGAGCGGCAGCCCUUUCUGGCAGGGGCCUCUGGGGGGGCUUCUCCUAUAGCCUUUACCCCCCGAGGAGGUCUCAGCCCCACUGGCCACAGCCCAGGCCCCCCAAGAACUUUCCCAAGUGCCCAACCCCGGGCCUCUGGCUCCCACGGUUCCCUGCUCCUGCCACCUGCAUCCAGUCCCCCACCCCCCCAGGUCCCCCAGCGCCGGGGUACACCACCCCUCACCCCAGGCCGCCUCACCCAGGACCUCAAGCUCAUCUCAGCCUCUCAGCCGGCCCUACCCCAGGAUGGGGCGCAGACUCUCCGCAGAGCCUCCCCACACUCCUCUGGGGAGUCCAUGGCUGCCUUCCCGCUCUUCCCCAGAGCUGGGGGCGGCAGUGGGGGCAGCGGGGGCCUCGGUCCCCCUGGGAGACCCUAUGGUGCUGUCUCCGGCCAGCACGUCACUCUGCCUCGGAAGACAUCCUCAGGUUCUUUGCCACCCCCUCUUUCUUUGUUUGGGGCAAGAGCCGCCUCUUCUGGGGGGCCCCCUCUGACUGCUGCCCCCCAGAGGGAACCUGGGGCCAGGUCUGAGCCAGUGCGCUCCAAACUGCCGUCCAAUCUCUGAGCUGGGACCCCUCCUCCCUCUCCUCGCUUUUUUUCUCCCUUCAGGUUUAACUGUGAUUAGGAGAUAAUACCAAUAACAAUAAUAAUUAUCAUUUAAAAAAAAACUCACACCAGAAAAACAAAAGACAGCAGAAAAUAACCAGGUAUUCUUAGAGCUAUAGAUUUUUGGUCACUUGCUUUUAUAGACUAUUUUAAUACUCAGCACUAGUGGGAGGGUGGGGGGAGGGGAGCAGGCAGGGCCCAAACACAAAAGCCAGAGGAAGGCAGGUGGGGUCUCUGGGGCUUGGCAGGGGUGGGGGUGACCCAUGUUUGGGGUUCCUAGAGCAGAUCUGUCAUUGUAUUCGUUUAAGGGCAACAGCCAUUGCCAGCCCCUUAGCUGUGAACUUGGAGCCCCAUUCUGCUGGGGGUCAUCUUGUUGCCCCAGAAAGGGGCUGCCCUUGGGUGUGUUCCUGGGGAGCCUCAGUUGCCUGAGUCCUUGGGACAAAACAGGGCCAGGGCCCUGAGAGUCUUGCGUUUUUUCUACUGCAAACUUAGCAAGAUAUGUAUAUGAAUAUGUAUAUGUAUAUGUAUAUGUAUAUGUAUGUAAGAUGUGUAUAUGUAUAGCUAUGUAGCGCUCUGCAGAGCCAUGUAGAUAGCCACUCACAUGUGUGCACAUGUGUGUGCAAUCUAGUUUAACCCCAUGUCGCCAGGACACCCAGGUCACUUGACAUCCAGCAGCCAACCUUGGCCCUGCCACUGGGUCUUGGGGAGUCUUCUCUCCAGGCCUCAGGGAAGAGUCCCCCAGGGUUCUCAGCAGGCCCCCUCUCUCCCCAUGUCUGGUCUCCGAUCCAGACCCAGACUGACCUCUCACCUCGUGGAAGCAGAAGACUCGGCUGUGCCUCUCCUUUCCUGUAGGGCCUCAAGCACAUCCUGUCGCCUCUGUGGCCCUCGGUUUUCCCAUCUGUACAGUGGGAGGUGAGAGAACUUCUUUACUGAGUCUGCUCUGUGCCAACCACUGGUUUAGCGCUGUGCACUCAUUAACUCCUUCCAUGUACAAAGACCACGAGGCAGGUCUUUUGAUUCUCCCCAUUUCACAGAUGAGGAGACUGAGUUUGGGUAAUUUUUCCAGAAUCAUGUAACUAGGAGUGGCAGAGCUGGGACUGAUCGGAGAUUUGCAUCCAAGCCUGCCCGGGGAAGAGCCCGUGCGCCUUCCCUGAGAGCACUGUGCAGAGGGGCUGAGUUAGGUGGCCUCCAGACAUGGUGCAGAGGGAAGGGAAUCAGACCUGGUUUGAAUCCCAGCCCUGCCACUCCUUAGCUGUGUGCUCUUGGGCAAGAUAUCUGACCUUUUCUGUUACCUCAUUUGUGCAAUGAGAAUAAUUAUGGUCCCGCCUCACCAGGACCUAUGAGGACCAGAUGAGAAAAGUCCUAUAUGUGAAACGCCCAGCCCAGCACCUGGCACGUACCAUAGUAGGUACUCAGUAAAUCAUGUUUUUCUGCCCCCUCCUCAUGCUCCCUCCCCAGCCUGUUGCUCCAGUGAGCUAUGGUGGGAGCCCGGGCACGUUGCUGAGGGCUCCAGGACUUACAUCUCAGGAUGCAGGAGGGGGCUGGGUCUCCUGAGGAGCCUAAAGAAGGUGUGUGGCCACUGGUGGGCUUGAGCCAGGCCUUGAGAUGUGGGAGGAGUUAGAGGGAAUGGGGAGAGGGGAGGAAGGGAAGGAAGAAGGAAGGACAAGUAAAGGAAAGAGAGGAAGGAGGGAGCAGGAGGUGGGCUGGGGUGCACGGUGGGGGUGUGACUGAGGUAGAUGUGGGGCUGUGGAGUCAGGGGCUUUGGGAGGAGAUCCAGAGGCCGGAGGGUCAGAGGGAGGGCCCUGGAGGACAGAUAAGGGGAUUGGCCUUGAUUCUUGAAGGCAAGUAGGAGGCAGAAGCAGGUCCAGAGUGAGGGCCAAUGUGAAGGCAGCUCAGAUGCCUCCUGAGGCAUGAUCCUCCCCAGCAAGACCCUGCCAGAGCCAGGGUCAAAGGUCUGCUCCCUGCCUAUAUGGCAGGAGCAAGUUUGGCUGCCAAGUCCUGAAUAAUGAGGAAGGCUGGUUCCACCUUGUCCUUCCAGAAGCCUCCUCCAUGCUCCAAGCCGGAAGGUUGGCAAGAUCAGGUUUUGUCCUGAGCUGUCCUGGGAUGUGAGACAGGCCAGUUUCUCCAUAGAUGGGCCACAGGGACUGGGAGGCAAUAAUCCGGGAGAGAAGGGGGUGAAGGAUCCUGGGGUCUUAGGUAGAGGCUAGGAGCCGCCUGGCCUUGGUCUCUACUGGGGCCCCGGGAGUUCUCAGAGCUGGAAGGAUUUAAUCAGUAGCCUCGAUCUCAGUUCUACACCCACCCCUGCCCCCCAAGGAAGACAUCAGGACUUGAUCCAAACCCACAGUCUAGUCCUGGAGGUGGCAGGGCAGGUGGGGCGGGGCAGGAAUGGGGGUGGAGAGCCCAGGGGCAAGGAGAGUGAGGACCACCCCCCUUGCCAUCAGGGCCUGGGCUCACCACCCUCUUCUCUUCACACACACACACACGCACACACAUUUUAUAAAAGCUCCAACCCAGUCCAGCCCCUCCACAGAGACUGGGGGAGCCGGGUCCGGUCAGUGGGGCGUCCUAUGCCGAAUCCCCCACAAGCAAUUUUCAAAUCUUCCACUUUUAAAACAGAAAACGGUAAAUGGGCCGUGUUGUAUAUUUUAUUUAAAUAAAAAAAAUUCCAGCACGUGCUGCCUUCUUCUAGGGGCCAGGGAUUGGGGUGGGGCGGUGAGGUUAAUGGGGAGUACUGGAGGCUCGAGAGCUGGGCUGUGGAUGGCGCUGGGCUAUGACCUCCAGAGCAUGUGUGGGCACUUGUGUGCACAAACCUGUGUCCCCAAGAGCUGCGGGGCAAAGGUGCUAGAAGAUGAGUGGUCUGGCUGUGGACGUGGUGUGGACUCCAUGGACUGGUGAGAGACAUUGAGGAGGGUGAGCACGUGUGUGUGUGUGUCCUUUGCUCCUGGAGGUGUGAGACCCUGACUCAGAUCGUUCCCACCCCAGCUGCCAGGGCUCCAGAGUCCCUCGGACUCCUUGGUGCCCCCUCAAGAAUGAGGGUAGUCAAUGUGCAGGUGAACUGUUGGAUACUGAAGAGGGAGAUGCCCUCGUAGCCUGAUCAGAUGGGCGUUAAGAAGCUAGAGGGCGGCAGGGAGACGAAGGUGACCAGGCUGGGGGGAGGGGUCACGGCAGGACAGAGCUCGCCUUUCAGAGUGGCCAAGGGUGGGCCACGGCUGCUGGGCUCCUGUGUCAGUUGGGGAACCUGAGGACACACGGGGGAUCUGGGGCCUCACUGUUAGGAGGUGUCGCACCCAGCGGUAGGCCUGGCCCCAGACCCUCUGCAAAGCCCUCAGAGGGCAGCCUCCACCCGCGCUGGCUGCAGAGGGUUCCCGCAGGCCCUGGCCUCCUCGGGUAGGAGAGAGGCAGCCAGCCAGGGCUGGAAGCGCGAGCUCCCUGGGGCUCCCUCCCGGCGGCGACGACGCGGCGCGGGGAGUGCCGUGUUGCCCGCCGCCAGAGGAGGGGAAAUUCCUUGGGAAAGGGCAGGGAACCCGAUCCUCAUCACUGAUUGCCGAGUGGAUGCUGUUUCCAUGGUAACCGGCCUGGGAGUUUUGUUGCUAAGGAGGCAGCUCCGCAGGCCCGGCGUCCCCAUGACAACCGCCCCCUACGGCCCAGGCUGGGAGCUUCCCUGGGACCCGCAGGGAGGGCAGGGGCGGGACGCAGGCUUGGCCUUUGGGGCUAUGGGGAGGCCUUUGCGGACAGACAGCGACUGUGAAGAAGAGCAAGGUGGGAGGGAUUAACUGUGGGCCCCAACCAAGCCGCGAGGGUAGUGCCGGCGGCGGAGGGCCUGAGAACGCUCACCCCCUCCCCGCACCCCUGCCCACUCGCGCUGGAUCGACCCCGGACGCCGGCACAGGGCCUUGCUCCUCCAUUGAGGGGCCGGGGCAACACCAGUCACUAUGUUCUCUGUUCCCUGACUCCAAAAGGACACUUAGGAAGUACCUACUGUGUGCUGGGCAUUCCAUCCUUACAACCACCCUAAAGGGUAAGAAUUAGCCUCAAUUACAGUGAGCUAAAGGGCAUGAGGCGCAUAGAGGUAAGGAGCUCACCCCAGACCAGCUGGAACAUGCAGGAGCUGGGAUGCACCCCCAGGUCCUAGAGACUCAAACCCUGUUGCUCCCUCUUGGUGGUACCAAGGGCCAGUGGUAAGGGCUGUCUGUCCCAGUGCAGACAAGAAACUGUGCAGUGUCUGCGGAGAAUUUAAAAGCAAGAUUAAAAAUGACUAAAUGUCAGUUUGCUUUCUCUUAUCUUUCACCAUCACCAUCUAUCAGCGAUUCUGAACAUCAUUGAUAAAAUACUCUUCCCACCAUAGGAGACACCACCACCACCACCUACCAAUGUCACUGCACCCCAUGCUCCAGCCCCCACAGAUACCUGCCGUGCUGACGGCUGCCAGCAGGGUGGCAAGGCUGAAGGCCUCCUUUCCGCCUUGGUGGGGCUCAACCAGAUUGGAACUUUUUCAAGAACAUUUUAAAAGUGUAAUGCAAUCCCUCCCUCGCCUCCAUGUCUCUUCCCAGCAGCUGCUCCCUGCCUUCCCGGCCAUGCUUGUUGGGAGUUGUCUCCACUCCCUACCCUCGCCUCCCUUCCUCUGAGUCACUUCUUCCUCCACCGCAGUGUGGCUCCCACCUCCUCUCCGCCCCAAGGUCAGCAGCGGCUCUUGUUGCAAAGUCCGGUCACGGCGUCCUCGGCCUUAUCCUGUCACCUUCCCAGCAGCGCCUGGGCCCCUGCCAGCUUUGAGACCCCACUCUUUCCUCGCUGCUCCACCUCUUUGUUCAGCCUCAGCUGGAAGGGCUCUUCUUUCUCCCGAAGGUCAGUGUUCCUGGGCCUCCGGCCUUGGCUCCCACUCCACAUGCACUUCUCACUCCACAUGCACGUCCUGGAAACCUCACCCACGUCCAUGGCUUCUUUGGCCUGGAAGGCAAUGCCUCCAAGAUUUGCCCUUCAGUUCACACCCCCACAUCCCCUGAGCUUCAGCCUGGGCACCUGCUGCUGCUGCUGCCUGGUGGUUCCUCUUCCUUUUCUGAUGGACCCUUUUGUUCUUUCUUGAAUGUGCAGCUUCGGAUGCACUACAGAGCACGCCCUCUCCGACCCCCACCCCACUCCACCCCUGGCUGAUUUUGUUUUUUCAAUUUUCUUUCUCUUGAGGGUGGAAUAUUUCAUGCAUAUGGAAGAUAUAAAUAAACAUGUAAGUAAAUACACAAUAAAUGCAUAAGAUAUUAAAAAUAUGAUAAACAGUAUGUACCAAUCACUCAGUUUAAAAAAUAGAACAUAAGGAAUCCCUGUGAGGGCAUCUGUGCGGGUCCCCCCCUCCCAAGAAGACCGCUCAUCUGACUGUUAAUUCUAGACUCCCUUACUUUCCCUGAUAGUUUUCCUACAAAAUAAAAAGUCUCUGAAUAAUGCCUUCAGUUGUGUGCCAAGGUGGGAGGAGGCAUGGAAGUCGUUGCCUUUGCUGGGGGGAGGAUUUUAUCAAUAAUAUGAUUCAGAAUUACUGAUGCAUGGUGAUAAUAAAAAGCCAACUGAGUUUUAGUCUAUUUUAUUAUUGUUUUAAGUUUCUUUACAAAUAAUACCCCUUUCAUUGCCUGCACCAGCGGUGGACCAUAUCCCCUCCACUUUUAUACCCCACUGAAUAUAUUUGUAAUAUUUGGAACUUUCCAUAAGUGGUAUCAUGCUAUAUGUAUUCUUUAGUAAUUUGCCUUUGUCAUUCAAUAUUUGAUUUUGAGACCCUGCUGACACAUGGAGCAUAGUUAGGUCAUCCUCACUGCUGUACGGCAUGCCAGUACAGGAAUGUGCCACCACAGACGUAUGUGUUCUUCUGGAGAUAGAUAUUUUGGUCAAUUCCAAUUCUUGUUAUUACGAACGCUGCUACAACAAACGUUCCUGUGUGUGGCUUCUGAUAAAGAUGUGUAAAAAGAUCUCUAGGCUCUGUAUCUAGGAGUGGAAUAACUGAGUCAUAGGGUGAAUUAAUCUUCACUUUAUAAGAUAAUGCCAAGCUGUUUUAAGUAGUUCUAACGAUUUACACCCCCACCUGCAGUGUAUGAGAGUCACUCUUGCUCCACAUUUUGGCCAAUAAUUGGAAUCAUCAGAGUUUCUUAUUUUUCCCAAUCUAGUGAUAUCUAAUUGUAUUUUAAUGUGCAAAUCCCUAAUUACUAGUAAGUUUGAAUGUUUUUUUCGUGUAUUCAUUUGCCAUUUGUGCUUCCUCUUCUGAGAAAUAUUUUUUCAUGGAUUUUGCCUGAUUUUCUGUUGUUGUCUUUUCAUUGAUUCAUAGGAGUUUUACACACAUGAACACACACACAUAUUUGUUUGGAAAAUGAAUCCUUUGUUCAUUAUACAUAUUGUAAAUAUCUUCUUCCUGUUUAUGGCUUGUAUUUUCACUUUUUUGGGGUGUUCUUUGAUGAACAGAAGUUUUGCAUUUUAAUGAGGUCAAGUUUAGCAAUAUUUGAAAAAAUGUCUAGUACUUUAGUGCCUUUUUUACUGGUUUAAGAAACUGUCUCACUCUAAUGUUAUAAAGAUAUUCUUCUGCAUUAAUUUCUAAAAAUAUGAAGUGUUGCUUUUCACAUUUAAGUCCUUAACCUAAGUGACCUUGACUUUAGGUGUGGUGUUAGGGCAGAGUUCAACUUCAUUUUUGCCCCAUAUGGACAACCAAUUUUCCCUACUAAUUUACAAUGUCACUUAUAUGUCAUAUCUGGGUCUAUGUUGAGGCUGUCUACUUAGUGCCAUUAGCGGAUUUAAACACACUGUCUUAGUUAUUAUAGCUUUAUAAAGAAUAAAGUUGAUGUCUAGUAGAGCAAGGCCUCCCACCUUCUUCUUAAGGAAGGUCUUGGUUAUUCUAGUCUCUUUAUGCUAUCAUAUACAUUGUACAAGCAAUUUGUUAAGGUGCAUAAGGAAUUUGAUGGAAUUCUGAUUUGAAAUUUUGUCAUUUGUGCAGUUGAAUUGAUUCUGACUCCUAGUGACCCCAUGCACAGCAGAGUGCCACCUUGCCUCUCUUUUUGCGCCGUCCUCUCAUCUUCCAGUGCUGUAUCAGACCAUACUCUGCUGCUCUUCAUGGGUUUUCAUGGCCAUUUUUUGGCAAAUGGGCGGCCCUGUACUUCUUCCUAGUCUGUCUUA